AUGCCACUACGAAGAUUACCAAUUCAAAUCUCUCACGAGAUUAAACAGGCACUAACUGAUAAAUUAGUACCAGUGGUUGCUCUAGAAUCAACAAUAAUUACCCAUGGCCUUCCAUUCCCGAAAAAUGUCGAAAUGGCAUUAUCAGUAGAACAGACUCUCCGCCAGAACGGGGCCAUUCCUGCCACAUGUGCAUUUAUAAAUGGAAUCCCUCAUAUUGGGUUAAACCAUGGUCAAUUACAACAAUUGGCCGAAUCUAAAGCAACAAAAGUAUCUCGACGUGAUAUUGGACAUGUCAUGGCUAAUAAAUUGAAUGGAGGAACAACUAUUGCCCUGACAAUGAUACUUUCGCACCUAGCUGGGAUAAAAGUGUUUUCUACCGGCGGAUUAGGUGGUGUACAUCGAGAAGGACAAUUGACAAUGGAUGUUUCUGCAGAUUUGACUGAAUUGGGAAGAACUCCAGUAAGUGUGGUUUGUGCUGGACCCAAAUCUAUUCUUGAUAUUGGAUUAACUAUGGAAUAUUUAGAAACUCAAGGAGUUUACGUGGGGACCUACAAUGAGGAGAACGAGCCGAAUAUUGAAAUUCCUGGCUUCUACUGUCGCAAAUCCGGAGUAUUAUCCCCUUAUUCUUUCAAGAGUUUCACAGAAGCUGCCUCUAUAAUCCACAAUCAGAAUCGAUUGGGAUUAACUUCUGGAAAUGUGUUUUGUAUACCCCCACCAAAAGAAUCUGCUUUAGAUAGUGAAUACAUUGCAGGAAUCAUAGAUCAAGCAAAUGAACUAGCUCAAGUCCAAGGUAUAUCUGGAAAACAAUUAACGCCAUUCUUGUUAUCACAAAUUGCAAUACAAACCCAAGGCAAAUCGGUUGAUUGUAAUUUGAAUCUAGUUUAUAAUAAUGCAAAAGCUGGAGCUGAAAUUGGCAAAGAAUUACUUGCUCUUGAAAAGGUAUGUUUUUGA